AUGGAUGAAGAUACGGUUCUUGGAUACAACAAAGAUGUUGAAGCUUUCCGGGAGCUGGAGUAUCCCAUGCUCAAGGAUGCUGUUUAUCUCGAUCAUGCUGGGACGACUUUGUAUUCGAAGUCGCUCAUGGAGAGAUUCAUGACUGAUAUGAUGUCCAAUCUUUACGGCAAUCCCCAUUCCGCCUCUCCAUCCUCCCAAUUAUCGACAAACCGGAUCGAAGACACCCGAUUGAAUGUUCUGCAGUUCUUCAAUGCUGAUCCAGAUGAAUUCGAUAUUGUCUUUGUUGCCAAUGCCACCGCCGGGAUAAAACUGGUGAUGGAUGCGUUCCGGGGGAGAGCUGGCGGAUUCAACUACGGCUACCAUAUUGCUGCGCAUACAAGUCUUGUUGGAGUUCGAGAGAAUGCUGUAUCAAGCUGUUGUCUUGAUGAUGAGGAUGUUGAGCUGUGGCUCGACGGCUUUCGGAGUCUUGUGGACGGGAAUCAUGGCUGUGAUUUGAAUCUGUUCGCAUACCCGGCCCAGUCAAACUUGGACGGACGGCGUCUACCAUUAACAUGGGCGCAUAGAGUACGGGAAGCCAGUUCUCCCAUGGGCUCGACAAAUUACACCCUGCUCGAUGCGUCUGCCAUGGUCUCAACAUCCCAGUUGGAUUUAAGCGAUGCGAGGACAGCUCCGGACUUCACUGUCCUUAGCUUCUACAAAAUAUUUGGAUUUCCGGAUUUGGGCGCAUUGAUUGUGAGGAAGGAUUCUGGCUCAAUCUUCGAUAACCGGAAGUACUUUGGUGGAGGUACUGUUGAUGUCGUCCUCUGCGUGAAGGAGCAAUGGCACGCCCCAAAAACGCAGUCCCUACAUGAGAGCCUUGAAGAUGGUACUCUACCUCUCCAUAACAUCAUGGCCUUGGAUGCUGCAAUCGACGUUCACAAAAGGUUGUAUGGGUCUAUGGAUCAGAUCGCAAGACACACUGCCUGUUUGGCGCGGAGACUAUACGAGGGGCUAGCAUCAUUACGACAUGCAAAUUCUGAACCCGUAUGCGUAAUGCACUCCCCCGCAUUUCCCUCGAGAGAUGCCAAUCUCAAGCAAGGUCCUGUGAUAGCCUUCAAUCUACGAAACAGUAGCGGAGCUUGGGUGAGCAACAUCGAGUUUGAGAGACUGGCAGCUGUACGAAACAUUCAUGUCCGGACCGGCGGCGUUUGCAAUCCCGGGGGUAUUGCAACAUCCUUGAAACUAGAAGCGUGGGAGAUACGACGGAACUUCUCAGCUGGAUAUAGGUGUGGAGCCGAGACGGAUAUCUAUUCUGGCAAGAUCACUGGCAUUAUUCGAGCGAGCAUAGGUGCAAUGAGCACAAUGAGCGAUGUGGAAACAUUCAUCUCAUUUGUUCGGGAAUUCUAUGUUGAAGAGAACCUUCCACUUCUUCACACGGACAUCGCAGCGCAUUCUGAGGAGCCGGCUGAUCUGGUUGUAGAGAGCCUCACCGUCUACCCGAUCAAGAGUUGUGGGGGCUUCAGCAUUCCACCAUCCGCUGCUUGGGAGGUCAGGCCAGAAGGCCUGGUAUGGGAUAGAGAAUGGUGCCUUAUCCACCAAGGGACGGGCCAGGCAUUGAGUCAGAAACGGCAUCCUCGCAUGGCUUUGAUCCGACCGGUAAUUGAUUUUCAAGCUGGGGCUCUCCGUGUCCAUUACCUUGGAACACGGCCUCCCGGAGUGCCCGAAGAAAUCAGAAUACCCCUUUCAGCGAAUCCUUCUUUCUACAAGCCGGUAGACGGCACCAGAUCCCUCUCAUCUCGUGUGUGUGGCGAUGCCAUUGUAACACAUACUUAUGCCAACCCUGAAAUCAACAAUUUCUUCUCGAGUGUCCUUGACGUCCCCUGCGUUCUGGCUAGGUUCCCCGCCGGAGGGUCAGGAUUGAGCGGCCGCCAUGCGAAAGCUCAUAUGCAGAAGCAUCAACGGCCAAAGAAGAUUUCCUCGAAUUCGGAUCCAGGCUUCCUAGGUUCUCUGACCCCGCCAGAUUCAGAUAGCGAGACGCAGAAGAGGCCGAUACUGUUGUCAAACGAGAGUCCUAUUCUUGCAAUCAACAGAUCAAGCCUCGAUGCCCUGAAUGAAGAAAUCAUAAAGGGUGGAGGUUCUCCUGCAUCUGCCGCUGUAUUCCGAGCGAAUGUGAUCCUUGCGCCUUCUAAUCAGAAUACUCAACAACAGCCCUAUAGUGAGGAUCAUUGGACGAAGCUCCGCAUCGGUCAGCAGGAAUUUCAGAUGCUGGGAUCGUGCCGUCGCUGCCAUAUGAUCUGCAUUAACCAGAACACUGCGGAGAAAGAUAAAGAGCCUUUUGUUACGCUGGCAAAAACACGAAGGUUUGACUCGAAGAUUUUCUUUGGCUCUCAUAUGUGUCAUAUUCCUUCCAAAAAUGCCACAAGAGAGAGCCAAUGCCCUACGAUUAAAGUAGGGGAUAUUGUGUCAAUAAGUAUGAACGUCGGUUGA